UCCAAAUAAGGCUAGGAAAUUUUUAGGCGCCAACACCAGCUGCUCGCCAACAGCAGUCCAAUCAGGAACUUUUGCCCUAGUUUGAUUGAGCCAAUAGCUAACCGCCACGUCUGCUUCUGUAUCCCCUGCUUGCUUGCUUGCCUGCCCCUAUAAAAACCCAGUAGUCUGUAAGCCAGGCGCGACUUCCACUUUGGCGGCUCUGCGUAGCCGCGAGACUACGGUCUCGUUUGGGAAGUUCGCCCCUGCGCAGGUAAAACUUGGCCAAUAAAUUUACCAUCAAACCGCUCUCAGUGUUCGGGGAUUCCUUUCGCUCGCAACUUGAAUACAACAUUUGGAGGCCCCAGCGAGAUCUAAGGAGUGUCUCCGGAGACUGAGACUACGAAGCCCGGAAUCGCGCUCGGGGCUAUGGGGGUCCACCGCCAGACCCAGAAGUCCUGCGAACUUUCAGUGAGAUUGAAUGGCCGUCUUUUGACGUAGGAUGGCCGACGGAGGGGACUUUUGAUCUGCCCCUCCUUUUCGCGGUCAGGCGGAUAGUAUAUGGGACCCCCAUCCAGAUCAGAUGGUAUAUAUAGAUGUGUGGGUAGACAUAGCUACUGACCGCCCCGGUUACAUACGCCGGUGUCAGUCCAAUGGGCAGAGGAGGAGAAGGGCCAUCUGCGUGGCAACGGCGCCGAGGCAGGCUCCCCGUCUGCAGGCAGACAAAGGGCGCCGGCCUCAACGGGACCAGGCAGACGGGGAAGGGAAGAAGCUAUACCCUGUCUUGCCUGAAGUACCUGAGGACCCGCUGUUGGCCCCUUCCGCUCCUCCCCCAUAUCGCCAACCCCUGCCCGACUCCGCGAGCGGGGAAAGGGAGAGAGUCCAGAGCCCUCCCCAUACCCGCGGCGGUACUCAGUAUGGGGGUGAAAGUUUGGCGCCAAGACAGGAUGGCGCCGCCAUUUUGCUGGAAACGGUCGCGCCAAAACCAGGUGGCGCCGCCAUUUUGCCUCUCAGGGAGGUGCCGCCGGCUCCAGACGCCCCAUUACAUGCACCACCGCGGCUAAUAUAUGUCCCUUUCUCAACCAGUGAUCUAUACAAUUGGAAACUGCAAAAUCCCCCGUUUUCUGAAAAGCCCCAGGGAUUAAUUUCCCUGUUAGAGACCAUAUUUAGAACCCACCAGCCGACAUGGGAUGAUUGCCAGCAAAUUUUACAAACUUUGUUCACUUCAGAAGAAAGUGAUAGUUAAAUCUAA